UAAUCAGAUUUUUCCAUUUCAGUCCAUACAUUACAUUUACAUCGGUCUGCUGUUGCGUUCCCUUAAAAUCGGAAAUUCUGGCUUUCUAACGGUAAAAUAUAUACAAACAUACUGUUGACUCGUUAUUCCGACAGGGAAACUCUCUAUUUCUCAACCCCAUAUUUAUCUAAUGUAAUUUAAACACAACGAUCAUCUCUGUAAAUACUUUAAGCUUUAGAUAGUUACAGCAAAGUAAUCAAAGUAAAAUACUCGUUGGUUGGUGCCGUUGGUUAAUGUUCAGGGCGGAAUUCUCAAAUGUCCUGGGUCGUUGAAGUAAGCUGAGAGCGUUCUGUUACCUAGGAGACUGAUUUAAAGCUCAGACCAACCGGUAGACGUUAACGGUUAAACCAUAGACUGUAUAUGAAUAGGUUUAAACGCCUUAGUUACGUUGAAUUUUUUUUAUCUAUACAUGUUGAAAAAACAAACAAGUUUUCCAGUUUUACCAGAAAUCUACAAAACCCCUGCAACAAUGUCCAGGUCCCCUUAUCCUCCUGGAGCCAAACUCACCUCAACUGAGGACUUAAGAAAGACGAGGAGGAUCAUUGCUGAGUAUCCAGACUGGUCUCUGACUAUCAUUCCUUGUUUAUCAAACCUGUGUCUGCAAAGCAUUGUGAAAAAUUUUGAAGAAAAGCCCAUAUAUGAAGAGCUCUCAGACACCCAGAAAGACUUUGUGCACGAGGGACUGUCUACUUCCCUGCCCCUGCAUGUGACAGCAAACUUGAUCAGCGAUGGUGUGUACUGGAAGCGGUGCUGCGAGCAGCGGUGGGACCUUUGUGAUGUCUCUCUUUAUGGCCACAGCUGGAAACGGAUGUUCUUUGAGAGGCACAUGGAGAACAUUAUUGAGCUUUUUAUCCCAGAUGUAACAGAGCCAAAGACAGUUCUAGAGAUGAUACCUCAUUGUAAUAACUACAUCAAGAGAUUGGACAUCUCCCAACUCCUGCCCCCUAUCAAGGAGCCCCAGAAAGAGAAGGAGGAGGAGGAAUAUGGCUCAGAGUUGGCAAGUGAAAAUGAGUAUGAGGGACCGUCUAUGGACCACUUUGACUUUAACAUCCUGCUCGACAAGCUGACAAACCUGGAAGAACUCCAUUUAGUGUACAGAGUCAAACAAUGUGGCAUGAACUUUGAAUGGAAGUUGUUUGAGAUGACCGACAGAGAUUGUGAGUCCCUCGCCAAGGCCAUUAAGUCCUGCAAGACUUUGAAGCUUCUGAGGCUCCAUCUAAGCCACAUUGAAGAUAAAAAGUGCCGGCUGCUGGUGAAAUGGCUUCUGGACCACCCAUCCCUGAGGACGCUCGACUUCUCUCACAAUGUGAUUGGAGACCAAGGAGCCAGAGCCAUCGGUAAGCUGCUAACCAGGAGUCAACUGGAGACCCUGAACUUGUGUGAUAACAAUAUAAGAGGCCCCGGAGCAAAAGCUAUAGCACACGCCUUGUCCAAGAACUCCACCCUUUUGUCACUCAACCUGCGUCUCAACCGUUUGAGAGAUGAGGGGGGGGAGGCUAUUGGCAAGGCCCUGUUGAACAACAACACCCUGCUUCACCUGCAUCUGGGAGCGAAUGAGCUAACAGCCCUGACUGCCAUGGCACUGUCUAAAGCUCUGUUUCAGAGUAACACCCUGAAGAGCAUCAAUCUCUCCUGCAACAACCUGGGUGUGCUGCACGCUCUGGAGAUCAUGGCACAUUUCAUUGCAAUGGAUUUAAAAAUAAAUAAUCUAUUAAAGGAUUAGUUGUCUGAUAGAAAAUUAAUUGCCUUGUUAUUACUGUCAUUAAUGUUUAUUUUAUUCAUGAUUAAGUAUUUAUUAAUUUAAUUUUUAACCUUUGUUAAAGUGAGUGUUUUGUGGUAUUGUGAGUGGGAAAAAAAACAAAAUAUGGAGGGACAAUCAUUAACAUUUGCAUUGUACUUUUACUUUACUGGUUCCAUCUUGUUAUGUGUGUAUAUUACAUAAAUGUAAUGUUUUGGGGAAGUUUGGACUGUUAAUCAUACAAAACAAGCGGUGUAAAUAUGUCAACUUGGGCUCUCCAUUUUUCACAACUUUCUGACAUUUUAUCAACUACAUUAAUUGAGAAAAUAAAUCAGAUUACUCAACAAUGAAAAUAUACUUAAUUCAUAGUUAUAUCAAGAUACAGCAAGGACAAAGAAACAUCUGUUUUCCCAAAAAACAUUUUAAAAAAUGUACACAGAAGUGGUUCUUUAGAAUCAGGAGAAUCACUUUGAGUUAUUUUGAAACGUUGAAUUUCCUUCCCGAAGCAUGUUAGUGCCUGUAUAGACCUAGUACAGUGAGGUAACAGGCAGAAUAGCUUGAAAGUAUAAGGCUUUUCAAUUAUUCAUAAAUGUGUGGAAAAACAUGCAAUAAUGGAAAGCUAAGUAAGUGUUGUUUCCCCAUGAGAGGUGGAUCAGAUUUUCCCCUCGUCGAGCUCUUUCCUCUUUAAGAUUUCACUGUACAGUAUAUGUCUGACAUCAAUACACUGCGGAGGAUCAAAAAUCACCCACAUAGCAGAAAUGCAACGUGCAGUACCAUCAAUAUCUGUGACCUUGGUCUACUGUUCACCAAAAUAGAAAUGUGUGUUUCAGACAUAACAAUAAAACACGGAUGACACUCACAUUAAGCAGUUUAGAAAGUGUGGGCUAUUUCAGACAGCAAGAGAUGCCCAGAGGUAGUUUUUCAAGGUUAUUUUCAGAGCAGCAUCCUGUGAUGUGUUCAACAUGGACAUGCAUCAGUGCCAAAUGUGUUUGUUCUUUCUCUCUAC